GACCUUCCCGGUGCUGGUCCCUGAACGCACCAUCAUGCUCCUGUCCGUGUGUCUGCUGGCCGCGUCCUGCGCGCUGUGGCCACCUGCGGUCCGGGCUGCGUCCUGCGAGCCGGUCCGGAUCCCGCUGUGCCGGUCCAUGCCGUGGAACAUGACCAAGAUGCCGAACCAUCUGCACCACAGCACGCAGGACAACGCGGUUCUGGCCAUCGAGCAGUUCGAGGGGCUGCUGGGUACUGGAUGCAGUCCAGACUUACUCUUCUUCCUGUGUGCCAUGUACGCUCCCAUUUGCACCAUUGACUUCCAGCAUGAGCCUAUCAAGCCCUGCAAGGCAGUGUGUGAGCGGGCCAAGUCCGGCUGUGAGCCUGUGAUGAAGCGAUACAACCACAGCUGGCCUGACAGCCUGGCCUGCAGUGAGCUGCCACUGUAUGAUCGAGGAGUCUGCAUCUCACCUGAGGCUAUCGUCAAAGCAGAAGGACCUGAUUCAUACAACCAGGAUCCUUCUAGGUGUAACCCAGAAUCCAAUCCUGACUUUCCAAUGGACUCCAACAACUUCCACUGCAGGGGACCCAACGGAGAUCGCUGCAGAUGUAAGACGGUUAGAAUGGGACAGAAAACAUACGUAAAGAACAACUACAACUAUGUCAUCAGAGCCAGAGUGAAGGAGGUGAGGAAUCGUGGUCUGGAGCCCACAGCAGUGGUGGACGUGAAGGAGGUGCUCAAAUCCUCUCUGGUCAACAUUCCUAAGGAGACACAAACACUGUAUUAUUCAUCUUCCUGCCUGUGUCCCCCUCUCGCUCCUGGGGAGGAGUACCUUAUCAUGGGCUAUGAGAACGAGGAGAGGUCCAGGUUGCUCCUGAUUGAUGGCUCCAUUGCUCAGAAGUGGAAAGACAGAAUGCGAAAGAAAGUCAAG